UCGGAAAGCCACACGAAGAAGAAAGAUUCGUCAGUUUGUCUUUGACUUUUCUCUGGUGCUAUGCAGUUGAAGAUAGUGUGAAGUUCCCGGGGUGCUUUCAUUACGAGCGUGACGAAAAUCCAGACUGCGCUGUACGACAACGUUGACUGCCUUUACGACCGGACCGGAGUCCUGUGGAAUGAGGACGUGUGCAAGGCUGAGUAUAGUAGCUAGCUAGAACACACGUUCCUCUGCAAAUUGAACUGUGCUAGCUAUGUCUUCUGGGAUGACUGGGCAGACACCGUGCCUAACCAGUAGCAGCAGAUGGGAUCAGCCUGCUCAGCCCAAAACGAGGGUAGACGUCAUGCAAGGCUUCGCUUCCUCUGCCCAGACCUGCACAUCGGCCACUACGACCCCUCAAUCAGCCCAGCAGCCUGUAGCUGGUCCCAUGGUGCUCCGGACAUUGCAGGGGGACAUGCCAGCAGCACAGGGGGGAGGUGUGGAGAUGGCUGCUGCUAUGGCUGCUAAGAUCAACGCUAUGCUGAUGGCCAAGGGAAAACUGAUGAUUCCUCCACCACUACCUGGCAAGAUCCCUCCGUGUAUGUCGGCUGCCGCUAGUGGAGACGAGACUGUGGUGACAGAGGUGGAUAUCAACGAUGUGCCCAUCAACAGCAGAAACCUGCUCACCAAAGGAAAAACACAGGAAGAGAUUCGUCAGGUCAGCGGUGCAGUAGUCUCAACCAGAGGCCACUACAUGACCAGUGCAGAGAAGUCCCAUGGAAAAGCAGUAGAAAGGCCUUUGUAUUUACACGUCCAGGGGAAGAGCCAAGAGGAGGUCAAUAAGGCAGUGCUGAAGAUAAAGGAGAUCAUCUCUGAGGAUGUGUUGAGGACAGCUGCAGCGUUAGGAUCCCAGCUGAGACCCGUCAUACCCCCCCUGCCUCUCUACCCCCAGCCCUCUCGCCCCAUGGCUGCAUCACAUCCACACCUACCCAGGAUGCCUAGUGUCAACCCUCCUGUGCCACAUGGACACCGGCCCGCCGCGCCACACCAAGGGAGUUUUGUGCACGUCAAGAUUUUUGUGGGUCUGGACCAGUCCCUGCCCUCGUUCAAUGUGAACGAGAAGGUGGAGGGUCCUGGGGGGAUGUACCUGGGACACAUCCAGACAGAGACGGGAGCCAGAGUGUUCCUCAGGGGGAAAGGCUCAGGGUACAUAGAGCAGGCCUCACGGCGGGAGUCCUUCGAACCACUCUACGUCUACAUCAGCCAUCCCUACUCCACGGGGCUGGAAGCUGCCAAGAAACUCACAGAGAGCCUGUUGGAAACUGUGAGAGCUGAACAUAGCCGCAUGGUGUCCAUCUACACCGCCACCGGCUCCACCCAACCAUACCCAGCUCAUGGAUACCCAGCUAAUAGCUCUUACUCUAGCCAGGGCUGGUACAGCAGCAGCAGUGGUUACCCAGGGUGUAACGGGCUGGCUGGGGGCUAUGCUGCCUCUACCAGCUACCCCACACCGCCAGGACCCUCUGGCUAUUGGACUAGUGCUGCUAGUGGUCAGCCCAGUCAAUCUAACCUGUCGACAAACCCUCCAUCUUCUCAGGCUAUGGUUCAGUAUCCUGUCUGUCCCAGGAAGACACACCCAUACCUAUUACAGGACCCUGGGUGCAGUGACCAGACGGAGACUGACCUGUCGUCAUCCAGCUCCCCUCAGACAGGGGCAGGAAGUCCUAAACGACGCUUCCAUGAAAAGACUGAGGAUGAGCGGGCCUCUCAGCCUGCCAGCAGCUCACCCGAGGCCCCGGUGAGAGAGAAGUCUCCUCCUCUUCCUCCAGCUCAGAGAGAGGAAGAGCCAGGACAAGGAGCUGAAAGGGUGUUGAUGCCACCUCCUCUCCCUGUGUUUCUGGCCCCUGGCCCUGUGGCACGGAAGAGACCCAGGGAGACAGCAGUACCAGAGGUCCCACGCAGCACCCUUGGCCCUGUGGCACACAAGAGACCCAGGGAGACAGCAGUACCAGUGGUACCACCCAGCACCCUCGGCCCUGUGGCACACAAGAGACCCAGUGAGACAGUAGUACCAGUGGUACCACCCAGCCCCGUCGCACACAAGAGACCCAGGGAGACAGCACUACCAGUGGUCCCACCCAGCACCCCUGCAUCACAGGAUUUUCCUCGGGAGGUGAAGAAGAUGAAGGUAGUGGAGAACCCUUCAAGUUUAGUGCCCUACGGAGGUAGGGUAGUGGACACUUCAUGCCUAGUACCCUACGGUGGGGAUUCUUCUGAUGAGGAAGAGGACUCCUAGCAGUAAGACUCUAACUCAUACGCCCACUACCCUUCACUAAUCCCAUCAGCCCCACCCUAAAGUGUCCUCGUUCCACUUAGACGCUGGUUUGCAGUGUUCAGCCCAAGUCUAGCCAGCUCUGCUAUUACCGUCAUCGACUAUUGGACAGAGCGUCGCAUUGCUAGGACCCUGCCCCCAAAAACAAAGCUACUUUAUGUUAUUAUAAUUAUUAAAGACAGUUUUCAUUUGAAAGGGUCAUUUUUAUUUCAAAUCUGAAAAAGCAUAUGCGGUUGUCCAUCUACGACCGAGCCUCCUGCUCUACGACCGAGCCUCCUGCUCUACGACCGAGCCUCCUGCUCUACGACCGAGCCUCCUGCUCCACGACCGAGCCUCCUGCUCCACGACCGAGCCUCCUGCUCCACGACCGAGCCUCCUGCUCCACGACCGAGCCUCCUGCUCCACGACCGAGCCUCCUGCUCCACGACCGAGCCUCCUGCUCUACGACCGAGUCUGCUGUACACAAAUUCACUGAUUAUUACUGUUAUAUUGUAUAUAAUGUAAAAUGGUGUGAAUCUGUUCCCAUGGAAUACUUUAAUAAAUGGAUUUGGAAACAUC